AUGGAAGAGAAGGAAGGCUAUCAGACGUUGGGCUUAGAGACGGGAGACACAAAUCAGUACGUUACCCGGACUCCGAUCAUUGGUGCGGAGGAAGAGGAGGUAGCCCCUACUACGAAGAAGAAUCUCGACGAACUAAAGAGAGGAAAGGAGGAGGAAGAAGAAGAGAAGCAGCUCCUGGAGGAACAGACGCAGCUCGAGGAGCAGCUCAAGCGGCAGGAGAAAGACGUCAGGCAGCAAGAGGAGAUGCUCAGGGAGGAGAGGGUAAUGUAUGAGAAGGAGAAGAAAAUGCUUGAGGAGGAGAAGAAAAUGUAUGAGGAGGAGAAGAAAAUGUAUGAGGAGGAGAAGAAAAUGUAUGAGGAGGAGAAGAAAAUGCUUGAGGAGGAGAGGAAACGGCAUGAGGAGGAACAAAUGCAAAUUGAGGAUACAACUUUUCUGGAGUAUAUCCAGCACUAUCAUGAAUCCCUUCUGGAUUCCCCGAAGGUCGACUCCUUUAAAGAGACAAACAGCGAUAUACCCACACCCACCACACAGUUUUGUCCAAAGCGCCUGGAGCACUGGUCAGAAUGCGACGAUCAACAGCAGCAGAUUUACCAGCGCAUUUGCGAAUUCCUUGAGCCACACGAUGAUUUUCCAAUGCAACUUUUCGAUUGCAAGCAUUAUAUCCAACACAAUGCAAAGACGAUAAAGAGGAACCCAAUCCGCUGGCAGAAAGGUCUAGAAAUCUACGUGCAUGACUCGUUGCACUAUCGGGUCGAGGAAGUCAUAGAAGAGAUCUGUGGCAUCCCUCUUGCUCGUGCCGCGUUCAAUCUUGUGGGUGAUCGUAUGAAAUACACUGAUACCUAUCAAGAGCUGCAAUCGCGUUCACCAAUCUCGAUCGAAGACAGUGAGCAAUGGACCCAGGGGCCGGAAUCAUUCUAUAUUCAUGACGUACAUGAAAAAAGAGGAGGUAUUGCUCGCUUAGUUGGAGAGCUCAGACUCCCCAACAAGUUGACCUUGGAAGUACUCCGUGCAGGCUUGCGGCCGGUGGAUUUCUACGCCGAAGUCGUCAAGGCCAAGAUAGUCGCACGGACAGAAGCCGAAAGGAUCGCCCACAAUGCAACACGCCUGGUAGGCGCGGCUCUGGUCCAGGUUUACAACAAAAUGAUAAGUUACGGGUUCGAAUAUGGAUACAUAGCCACCGGGCAAGGAUUGAUCCUGCUCCAAGUCCCACAAGACAAUCCCUCGACCCUCCUCUACCAUUUCUGCGAGCCAAAUAAAGAAGAAACCCCAGGAAAUCCCAAACAGUACUUGCGGCCUGUGACAGCCAUUGCACGAGUACUAUGUCUAUGCAUGAUGAGCUGUGCCUCGCCGCGUCGGAGUCCUGAUUGGUGUGCCAAGAUACAAGCAAAUUUACCUAUCUGGUUGACGGGUUUUGAUUAUGAACACUUUAUUCAGACUCACAACAUAAUGCCGUCAGAUGAAUUUUCAGAAACAACGAUCUCUUCAUCACGCUCCAGCGGAUGUAUGGUGCCCGCAAGACAAUCGCCUACUAAGACCUGUUCGCAGUCUAGCCAUUCAGAAAGUGAACAUGAAGCUUCUGGAAAUAAAGAACGGCAUCAACACCGGGAUUCUGCUCAAGGGCUCAAACGCCGCUCUAGUAUGACCACAAUUCCGUCAUCAUCGUCCGAGAGACAAUCAAAACGUCCUAAACUCUCAGAAAGUCCGCCCCGCCGUGAAUCCAAAGAGAGUAGACCAUUCUGCACACAUAAAUGUCUGCUUGGCUUGAAAAGACGCGGCAAACUGGAUACAAACUGUCCAAACUACAAACUUCACCAAGAGAAUGGGUCUAAUUAUCAUCGCACAAAUUCUCACGGUCUUGUCAAGCUCAUCAAAGGUGCAAUCCUUUCCCGUGCGGAACCGAUGGGAAAGUGCGGGUUAUCUGGUGCACCGUUCAAGAUAACCUGUCCCAGACAUUUACCGGAUGCUUCAACCCGUGCAGGGAUCUGGAUUCCGGUUUUCAUCGGAAAGCUUGACAUGCGCCACAUGAUAUUUCUGUGGGUAGCGGGAAAAAUCCGGCACAUGCUACUCAUGGGGUGGGGAGGGGAGGAAAGUGACGAGGUCGAGGUUGAAAGACGUAUCAUGAAGAGAAGCCUAUUUAAAUCAAACAAAGACAUCAAGGCUCUUGGCAUUAUUCAUCAGGACCUCGAAUGGAGAAAUGUUCUCUGGAGUGCAGAGCUGAAUCGGGCUGUGAUCAUUGACUUUCAUUUGUGCACAUUUGACAUGGACUUGGUGAAGAAGAAGCCGAAGUGGUUCACCGGAGAAAAUCCCAUGCUUGAAGGGAUCAAGAAGGAUCAAGAGCGCUUGCAUUGCGAAUACCAUGGCCUGGCUCUAGCUGACAAUCCCUAG